AUGUCGCUGGUUGCCGACCAAGUGCGGCGACUGGAUGCCUACCUCGACCGUCUCCCUGUCCUGUCCGAAGAGGCUUCUGAAGAUGGGGGUUCGGAAGCUGGGCACCCCUUUGCCGUCACAGAGGCGCUGGACGUUCCGCACCUGGACCGUCUGCUGAGCAUCAUUCGCUCCCUGAGCACCACCUCGUCUUCUCAGCCGCUACUCUCUCUCGAACGUGUCAAACUCCUCCUCGACGAAUCAGGCAUUCCUGCGAUAGCGAAUAAGGUCCACGGCACCGCAGGCGGGGCUUAUGCGCAAACCAAGACGCCGUACGAGAACGAAAUCGAGUGGCUCCUUGUCUCCAAAGCGACGGUCCAGGUCUAUGGAGCUAUUCUCAACACACUGGUUGAUCGCAUCGUCCCGUUGAGCGAUGAUUUGUGGUAUUGGGACGGAGUCUUGAGCUCCUACAGCUAUAGCAGCAUAUACGCGGUACAGACAUCUCCUCUGCGGCUGUGGGCGUGGUCGCAUGACAUAUACCAAGCCAGCCGGGCACGAUUGCGCUCUUUGUCUGCGGCAGAGGCUUCGGCCGAGCUUGUCGAGUCUACAAGAUCCACCAUCUCGCAGCCAUGGAGCAGAUUUUAUGGCGUUGUUCGAGACAGUAUUCGGGAGCACUCAUUUGCCAACAUACAGCGAAAAGUGCUCUCGCCUGUUGCUCUCUGUCGAGCUGAGGCUAGGCGCAAACAGGCGCACCUGCGAAAGCUGAGGGAAAUGACGGCCAGCGGUCUCGGAGUGCUCAUGGAUGAAGGCCUUCAGCUGGGCCACGACGAUGAGAGAGCCGGGGCGCAGGACCACGAAGACCUCAAGGGGGUCGUUGAGCGCAGCGUAGCACUGAUGGACAUGGUUCUCAAGGAGGCAUGCAGCCUGGAAGCCAAUAUUCAUGACUUUGAGGAAAAAGUGUUUGCCGGUGUCGAAGAAGAUGCUGAGCUAUCCGUGCAUGUCGAAGAAGAGAUGACUCCCUAUCGCCCAAGCACCCUAGCUCGCCGACUGCUUCAGAUAAUCGACAAGACAUUACCCCAACAUAUCAACGCCAUGCAGACUCUUGCCAACGAAAACGGUCGGCCGCCGGUUAUCAUUCGAUACUGGCUUCCGGCUCUCGUCGGCAUUACAUCCUCUACCACCAUUCUCAAGAUCUUGGUCAACCGCAAAGCAGACAUCAUCCAAUGGAUCACGGACUUCGGAAGCACACUGCGGGAUUUCUGGAUUCAUUGGGUCGUUGAGCCAACCGAAAAGGUCAUCAAGACGAUUCGGCACGAUGAGACGAGUGAAAUUGCCAUUAUGAGCAGAGACAGCCUCAAGGCCGAUCGAGAGAGCCUAGAGCGAAUGGUCGUCGACUUUGCCACCGACAAGCCUCACUUUGCUGUUGGUGGUUCAUCCAUCACCGAAUCCCAAAUCGCAGACAUUCGCUCCAAAGUGGCCGAGGGCGACGUGACCCCCGUUCUUCGAGCGUACGAGCAAGACUUGAAAAGCCCAUUUGUCGGUGCCGUCCGGGGCGAUCUUGUCCGAUCCCUCCUAAUCCAGGUUCAGAAGACAAAGGUUGACCUCGAAGUGGCCAUGACGGGCAUUGAUUCGCUCCUCAAGAGCCAAGAGCUGGUUUUUGGUUUCGUGGGACUGACCCCCGGUGUGUUUGUUUCCUUUGGUGUCCUCCAGUACUUCCGCAGCAUCUUUGGUGGCCGAUCUGGACGGCGUCAUACCAAGGCCUCUGGCAAGGCCAUCCGCAUCCUCCGAAACAUUGACCGUAUCUUGUCCGAGGCGAGACCAACGGAGAACAACGUCUUGUCCUACAAGGACCACGGCCUUUUGCUGUGCGAGGUUCACGUGCUUCGUAAUCUGGCUAGCAAGCUGAUGCCGGAUAACAUACAGAAGGAGUUUUUGGAGGAUCUGGACGACCUUGCCAAUGUCAAGGGGGUGCACGUUCAAGCAAAGGCGCUGGAGAGGAUUCGCUGGGCAUACGCAAGAUGGCUUAGGUAA